AUGUCCUCUCUCAACCCCCGUACGCGUUCGUACGAGUUCUUCGGUCCUCCAGGCGCCACUGCCGUCACCCUUGGUGUCCCAUUCCUCGCAUAUGCCCUCUUCUUCGCAUGCAACGAGGCCGCAGGCGGCUGUCCACCUCCCCUCGACACCCUCCUUCCUUCGUUUCUUCAUGCCGUAGAAGACCCUUCCUGGUGGGCUAAUCUCUGGGAUCCACUCGCCUUUGCGCUAUACUUUGCCUGGUACACCUUCUGUAUUGUAGCCUGGCUCGUCCUGCCGGGAGAUUGGGUUCAGGGGUCGCAGCUCAGGAAUGGCAAAUAUCAACAUUACAAGAUCAACGCCUUCGCGACCUAUCUCGCCGCGCUAGGCAUCGCUGCAGCCGUCAUCUUCCGCUACGGUUACCAGUCUUUCACCAUCUUUUAUGACCACUGGGUCGGCUUCACCACCGCGGCGUUAGCCAAUUCCGUCGCCCAGGGUCUUCUAUGGUACGCGCUGUCAUUCCGGGAGGGUAAACUUCUCGCCUUGGGGGGCAACUCAGGAAAUCCCAUAUACGACUUCUUCAUCGGUCGGGAGCUUAACCCCACCGUUGGAAGUUUGGACAUCAAAUCCUUCAACGAAUUACGUCCUGGAAUGAUCCUUUGGCAACUGAUCCUGAUCAGCAUGGCCUGCGAGCAGGCCACAAGACGUGGUGGCGGGAUCACCGACUCUAUGGGCCUUGUCAUCGGCUUUCAAUCGCUAUACAUCGCUGACGCGCUCUAUAACGAGCCUGCCAUCCUCACCACAAUGGACAUCACAUCUGAUGGAUUUGGGUUCAUGCUCGCGGUCGGGGACCUUCUAUGGGUUCCUUUCGUCUAUUCUUUGCAAGCUCGUUAUCUUGUUUUCAGUCCAAAAGAGCUCGGUCCAUACGCCACCGCUGGCAUCCUUGCCGUCAACUGUCUGGGCUAUUAUAUCUUCCGCUCUUCCAACGGCGAGAAGAACGACUUCCGUAACGGAAAAAACCCCAAAAGUAAACUCAAACACUGUAUCACUGAUUCACUGACUUACGGAAGCCUUCCUCGCGUAGAUCUCCAAUUCAUGCAAACUGAAAGAGGCACGAAGCUCAUAACAUCAGGCUGGUGGGGCAUGUCCCGCCACCCUAACUACAUGGGCGACCUUUUGAUGGCCUUGGCGUGGUCUCUUCCCACCGGUUUCGACACACCUGUCACCUACUUCUAUGUCAUCUAUUUCGCGUUCUUGCUCAUUCACAGGCAGUUGCGCGAUGAUGAAAACUGCGAGAGAAAAUAUGGAAAAGAUUGGCACAAGUACAUGGAACUUGUGCCGUGGAGAAUUAUUCCGUAUGUCUACUGAGAUGCCUGUUAACGUAGCCUACCUUUCAACAUGUUUUGCGUAUACGUGUGUAUUGUGCGGAUGUGGCUGGACAAUUACC